AUGCCGUCAAUAGAUCAAGAAAUACCACCGUCGCCGACUUCACUUUCGCCGUCUUCACCAUCAAUAAUAGACAAGAUAUCAUCAGUUAAAAAUGACGACAACAAUCGCACCAAGCUUUAUCUGAUAUAUUCUUUAGACCAAGUCAAGAUCCAUGACAAACCUAAUGACUUAUGGAUGAUAUUAUAUAACAAAGUGUACGAUAUAACUAAUUUCACCUCGGUUCACCCUGGUGAUGUUGAAGUAUUACUUGAUUGUGGAGGUGCUGACGCGACUGAAGCGUUUGAGGAUGUUGGCCACUCAGAUUUUGCAUUUCAAAUGUUGAAACCUUAUUUAAUAGGUGAAUUGCAAUUACUGGAUAAAAAAAAAUAUGAAAGCAAAUUAUUAUCUGCACGGAAAAUUGAAGUCACUUCUGAUAAUAAUAACACCAACGGCAUUACUAGCAAGAAGGGUAAUACUGAUAACAAUGGUAUUCUCACUAAUGGCAAACACAUUAAAACUAAAAAAACCAAUAACAAUUCCAACAACAAUGACAAUAUAACCACUAAAGACAUCCAUCGGACCGGGAUCACCAAAAGCAAAAAGAAAAGGCGAAACAAUAAUAAACCAAACAAAAUUAGAGAGCAUUUCAGAAUGCUAUCACUUGGUAUAUUGGCGCUUGUUUCAUUGAUAUUGUUUUUAUACAUCCAAAGGUUUAGAUGGUUACAUAUGUGA